CUCUUAUUGGAUGAAAAAGUUGCAUCAUUGAAAAGCUCCCUUGACAGCGGCUACAAAUCGAGGACGUGCUGAAGGCGCUGGCUCUGACGGCCGCAUUCCCGAGUCGCGACCAUGACGGCGACGCGCGUGCUGAGUAGGUGCAAGGACCGCAAGCUACGUCUCCUGUGCCUACAUGGCAUGUACCAAGACGCGUCCACCUUCGCGGGCAAGAUGAAGCCAAUGCGCGGUGCCAACGCCGACGUGGAUUUCGUCUUCUUGGAUGGGCCAUUCACCAUUGUGCCGCCCAUUCUAGCGCGCCAGAGCAAGCGGCCAAACGCCUCGUGUGCGGCUUCCAGUAAGCCCAAGCGCGUGCGUUGUGCGAAAAAGAAAGCCGAGUUCCGCGCGUGGUGGCGGCCGCUAGGCAUCCACCAAGAAGAUCCUAGUAGUUUGGAUGACGACCGGGAUGCGCUCGUAAGCUUCCUACGCGAGAAGCUGAGCGAGGUGGGAGAUGUGGAUGGCGUGGUUGGAUUCUCACAAGGAGCGAGUCUCGCAGCGUGGAUGUGCUCGGGACAGGCGCGUGAUGAACUGCAAUGGUCUCCAAAGCUGGCUGUAUUGAUUGGCAGCUACCUGGGCUCUCCACAGUACUCUCUGGACUCGGGCAUUAUCCCGGAUAUUGCGUCGCUGCACGUAUUCGGCUCGAACGACCACGUCAUCCCAGCCGCCAAGAGCGAGCAAGUGGUGGACUUAUUUAAGCAACAAGAGACCCUCGAGAACCGUGUUCUGACUUCGAUACACACCCAAGGCCACGUGAUCCCCAAGUGCGACGCAUCUAAGGAGCUGUUCGAGUCGUUCCUGGCCCUCCAGAAGCUGAAAUUGCUCGGCAGCUCCAGCAUUUCGUCCUCAACGUCCUCAGAGACAGAUGAGCGCGAAGCUUUGACCCCCUCGGUAGCCCAGGCGUCCCAGCAGGUCUUUGUGUAGCUCCCAAGCACCAACACCCACAAGUGUAGCCAUUUGUCAUUGCAUAAUUUCAUCCAAUACUAUGGCUCUGUAUCCAUUAAUCAUUUUCCUCCAAUGAAGUUGCGUACUUGCUCAAACC